AUGCUGAAUCAGCUCCCACCCGAGGUAUUGACCCGUAUAUGCGAGCAUACGGAUUCCAGCAGCUUGCUAUGUGUAGUCCGCAGCUGUCGCUAUCUACACAAAGUCGGUUCUGGAGUACUAUACAGGACUGUGGUGAUCGAUUACUCAAACUUUGAGGCCUCGAUUCAGAAUUUCACAGUUUUAUUCGAUCGCACGCAGUCAUGGCGAGUUCCUCGAUGCGUCACGUCGUCCUCAUCCCCAAAAUUGGACACCGACGACGAUCCCAACAGCACUGGAGACGCCAGUCUGCGAUCUUCGAUUGGCAAAUCUAGUCUGAAACCACCGCAUACCGAUACCGAAGCGCAAAAUAUUCUGGUAUUCCUCCGUCGGCUUCCAUCAUUGUCCCAUCUGGAUUGGCAAAUCGCCAUACCACCUGCACCCGCAGUGGUCCAUCUCCUACGCGAUGAGUUGCCUUACUGCCAAUUACAUUUGAAGGCUUUUGGGAUUGCAUAUGGCAUGGAGCAAUCUUACGCACGCUCGCUACUCUCCCUGCCAAAUCUUCGAACACUCUGGUUCCGGCACAAUGAUGACACCUCUGCGCAGGAACUGGUCCAGAAUAUCCUGGCGUCAGGAAGCAACUUGGAAGAAGUACGUAUGUUCUGGUCGUCCACUGGUGCAAGUCCAUAUGCCUCUGGCGAGAAAAUAUUCUGGGGACAAGAAGAAUCUUCUGAAACCCCACCUGGCCGUCUGCAAGUGCUUCAACUAGCUGGACUUGGACCCGGUACCCUGACUGGAAGCCUACAACGCUGGGCACGAUGUACAGACUUUAUGUAUCUUCGUACACUGUCAUACGAAACGAUCCUCUCACAACCCAUCCUGGAUAUUCUAUCGACAUUUAGUUUUCGAGACCUACGCUCUCUCACACUCGUCUUGGAAUCCUCUUUCACUUCCAACGCGGACUCUGAACGAUACAACACAGCAGUAUCCGACUUCAUCUGUAGUCUCCCUCUACUUUACGCCAUGAGACUCACAGGUGGACUCGAUGCAUCGAAUCUCCUUACCAUUAUCUCCCACCACGGCCCGAAACUCCAUACCUUGCGUCUGAUCCCCUCUGGCACAGCAUCAAACCGCUUCACCUUUUCCUCCAASUACAGCAUAAGUCAUCUACAGUCAACCUGUAAACACGUGAGAGAUCUCAGCGUAACAAUCUCUCGAAACUGGGAGGACUCCACCGAAACAAUUUCCAUACUCCAGACACUGGGCACAUUUCCACAUUUAGACUCCCUGGAUUUAACAUUCGAUGCAUCAGACUACAUCGCAAUCCACAAUACUCAAGGGGCAGAAAUUCAUAACAACAACUUCUCAGGCCCAGACGCAGAACCUUUCAGAGCACCAUUCGGAACGGAAGACGGGCUUUGCAACGGACACAUCCGGAAUGCUCUGAUCAAUUCAGCCGUGGAUGCUGAGCUCGCUCGAGAAGUUUUCGCCAUAGCAAGCUCUUCAGAAGACUCAUCUUCGCGACUCACUCGACUUUGUCUCUCCGCGCAAGGUGGUGGAGAUUUUGGUGAUGGGGUUUUGGAUAUGUCUAUUGAGGAAGUGGUGGAAGAAAUCAGCCAGGAAUGGAUCGUGGAGAGAUGCUCUGGAGAUUUGAAGAUCGAGACCCGGCGGAAGAAGAGUGAGGAAGUCGUGGUCAGGAAUGAGUGGGAUGAUGGUGAUCUGGAAGAGGAAGAAAAUAGGCUUCCUUGGGAUUUAGAAGAUGUUUUCAAAAGGAUUUGGCCUGGAAAUKGGGAUUGGAAGCGUGAAUGGCGAGCCUUUGCUUUGGCUUCGAGUUAA